AUGGCCGAGGAGAAGACCUUUCGUUACGGGUUCAUCAUGCUGGGUUUCUUCCUGGUGAUGACGGGGAUGUUCAUCAUGAGCGUGGAAAAGCCCCAGAUCUACAUCACCUUCUGCGCCCUGGGCGUCCUGCUCAUAGCUGUGGGCAUCACCUGGAGCAUGUGCCAGUGCUACCCGAAGGUAACGUUCAUCCCUGCGGACCUCGAGGCCGAGCGGUUCCUGGACCACAAACCCAUCGUGCUGCCGGAGAGGGACACCCGCUUGCAGGCACCCUGCCCCAACCAAGAGGCCACCAGCACCUAUGAGAAAAGCCUGCCGUCCUACGAGCAGAUCCAGAGGCAGGUGGUGGGCUCGGACCCGCUCCCACCCACAGCCCAGCCCAGACCCCGCAGCUGCUCCCAACUGGCGGUGCAGGCGAAAGCAGAGGUCCACUGGGAGCUGGGGGGUGCUGGAGAACCCCCCCGAAAGCUGGCGCCUCGGCUGGAAACGGCGGCAGGCAGCUGCCCCCCCCGGCCAGCCCCGGGGGACGCGCCCCUGGCAUCCCUCCUGGAGGACAUGGACACGCCGUCGCUGGAGGGCUCUGUGCCCGGCAGCCCCGCACCACGGGACCGGACCCCGCCAUCCGCCGCCGGCUCUGGCUGCACCUUGACCAGCUCCCCGGCGGGGGGAGAGCACCCCGGCUCCCCUCGCAAAGGUGCUGGGGAGGAGGAUGACCUCUAUUACGGGCUCCAAGAGGGGCCGGAUGCUCUGCUUGAGGAUAGCGACCGCCUUUUUGAGCCUGAAAACUGA